AUGACCUCGGAAAUAGCCGUUGCUUUGGUUCGUCCACCGCUGCAGGCUGGCGCGAAUCCUUCUACCUCCAUGGCGGCAUUGAUGCACACGAAUAACGAGUCCAUCGCCGUCUCCAAUUCCAUCACCGGCACCACCGCUUCGAUCGCGAGUCCAGAGUCCAUCUCUUUUCUGAAACCUCCCGGCAAGCACGAAUCCAACUUGAGCUCUAUCGCCAGCGCCGGUUUGCACGUCUCGCGAUCCCAGUCUUCCCAAAUGACGAGUCCUGCCCCAGCGCCGGUGGAUCGCCCGGUCGACCAAGAAAGAGAUGUUGAACGGAAUAGCUCACAGGUGGCUCGCGAGGCCUUGGGGGCCAGCGAGAAAUCGCCUGGUCCUACAAUCCACGAACCAUCGGUUCAUGCAUCACCAGAGCAGAUGCAGGUCGACUCACACCCAAACGAUACAUCAUCAGACCCUUACGGAACAGCCGAUCCCAAUCAGAACAAUCUAAUGCCGACGUCCACGGUCGCGAGUCCAGGUCCCAUUGAAGAGUCCUUGCAUGGUGGAGACCGGCCUCGCCCGCGAGAGGACACGGAGAUCGACCAAGAUAGUAACAAAGCCUUUUCGUAUCCCAUGCCCACCGGUGGGAUCAACGACCCGCGUCGAGGACUGAGCUUGCCGACUUCCGGUUAUAACAGAGGCGGCCCUCGCUCCCCCUCCGCGAAGAAGCACCGUUGCCCCUACUGCGCAACUGAAUUCACUAGGCAACACAACCUCAAGAGUCACCUCCUCACCCACAGUCAAGAAAAACCGUUCGUUUGCCAAACCUGCCAGUCCCGGUUCCGCCGACUCCACGACUUGAAGCGACACACCAAGCUGCACACUGGCGAGCGCCCACACACCUGCCCCAAAUGCGGGCGACGAUUUGCUCGCGGCGACGCGCUCGCGCGACACAACAAGGGUCAAGGCGGAUGCGCUGGUCGGCGGGCAAGCAUGGGAAGCUUCCAUCCAGAAGAUGACUAUGUCGACGGUCACCACCCAGACGACGGAAUGGAUGGUGUAGUAUACAUGGAGCCGGAGCGCAUGGAUGAGGAGGAUGAGCGACGGCUCGGCCAUCCCAACAUCCGCCGGCACGAUACCGAUCAAAUGGCUCGAGCGGAUUCCCCUCACGCUGGUCGCCAACCCAGCACGUAUCCGCCGAUCGCCGCUUACCGUUCCAGCCUCCCCUUACCUCAAGGCACACAAGGUGGCUCGGGCGCAUCAUUGACAUCGGCCGCACAGCCUACCAACCACACUUUCCCGCCCGCCGGACACACAUCUGGAGCGUCGAUUUUCCCACCGUCGACUGUCAGCGAUAGCCCGAGACCGAUCUCUCCCAAUGCUCUACCACCGCACGACCCGAACGCGCAGCCCCCGCACACAAUACACUCCCCAGGACUGGGUCAGUCGUUACCGCACCCCCAGCCAUAUACCCGAACGAGCCAGUCCUCUGCGCCUAAUCAUGCCCCGCCUACCCUCGGUCUUCCACCGCCACAAGCCGGGGUCCAUCUGCCUCCGCCGGUCAUCAACUCUCCGCAGGCACGCUUCGACCCCCAGAGCACCGCCAAGCACACACCCACCUCACACAGCCACUCUGGUAGCUACGGGUUCACAGCGCCCAAAGUCGGACUGGACGGAUCAGAUUCCUCGGGUGGUGAAAUCGAGAAGCUCUGGGCAUAUGUUCACGACAUGCAUAAAGAGUUGACUAGCCUGCGCACUGAAGUUGCAGCCCUGCGCGCGCAUAUUGCAUCGACAAAUGCGCUGACUGCUCCUGUACCGGUCGAGGUAAACCAGGGCAAUCCCGGUCCGCGAUAA